AUGGCUGGAUCCGAAGUACACCGGGGCGAAGUGCCUGAUUUUGAAGUAAACAUGGGUGAGAGCGCGUACCGCGACGCCGGGGCAGAGAAGUCAUAUGUCAGAAAAAUCGAUUUUAUUGUGCUCCCCCUGCUCUGUCUGAGUAACCUAGCAAAUGCUAAAACAGAUGGACUAGACGAAGAUUUGAACCUCAAGGGAAAUGACUACUCUCUUUUAAUCCUUCUCUUCUACAUUCCCUUUGGCUUAUUUGAUUUGCCAUGGAAUCUUUUGAUAAAACGGUUCUCAGGCCGACUGAUGCUGUCGUUCAUGUCCAUUGUUUGGGGAGUUCUAGCUCUUUGUCAAUGCGCCGCCAAGAACUUCGGAUCUUUAUUGGCGAUCAGAAUUAUCCUGGGAGUUUUUGAGGCCGGGUUCUUCGCAGGGGCAACCUUUUACCUCACUUUGUUUUAUACGCGUGGAGAAAUGGGCUUUCGAUUGGCUAUCAUGCAGUCUUUUGCCGUGUUGGCGUCCGCUUUUAGCGGGUUGAUAUCGUUUGGAGUAUUUCAAAUCAAUGACCCGGCAGUCAAAGGAUGGCAAUGGCUAUUCAUUAUUGAGGGAUCGAUGACUUUGAUAACUGGUGUUGUCGGUUUCUUCUUGUUACCCGACAGCGUACCAAAAGCUUGGUUCUUGGAUGAAAGGGAAAAAGCGGCAGCUACCGCACGUCUUCUUCGUGACACUUCGUCGGAAGUCGAUACUGGAUUUGACCUGAAGGCAUGCUUCGAGACUUGGAACGAUUGGAAAUUCCCGGUGUGGUGCUUGAUCACGUUCACAUAUCCUGUUGCAUAUGCUACCGCGAUGAAUUUCUUUCCACUUAUCGUGCAGCGAUUGGGCUAUUCGGUUGUUAAGACCAACCUUUGGACUGUCGCCCCUAACCUUGUUGGAGCGAUAUUUCUUCUCUGCGUGGCUAAAUCAUCUGAUUAUUUUCGUGAGAGAACUUUCCACAUUGUGUUCUCCUUGACUGUUUCAUUGAUCGGAAUGAUCGUAUUGGCCAGUAUCAAUGUCGAGGGACAUAAAGGUAUUGCCUAUUUUGCCUGCUUCCUUAUGGCGGCAGGAUCAUACAUCCCAUCUUGUUUAGUGCAUGCGUGGCACAAUAACAAUAAUGUCCACGAGAACUCACGAGCAGCAAAUACGGGGUUCUUCGUGGGACUUGGAAACCUAGCAGGUGUCCUGAGCGCUGGAACAUUCCGCACUCAAUAUGCUCCAAAAUAUCUUCCAACCCUCAUUGCAACAUGCUGUUGCAAUGCAGUCUGCAUUGUUCUUGUCUCGGGGCUGGGCAGCUGGAUGCGCAUGGAGAAUCAUCGUCGGGACCGAAAACAAGGUCUAGCACUCGGUGAGAGUCAGAUUGAUACCAGUCGUUUCAAAGAUGGCGAGAAGAGCCCCGAGUGGAGAUACUUUCCAUGA